UUCGCCGGUCCAGAUCAUUUCGCAUUCCAACGCAACCCAAAUUAGUUAAAUAGAUAUUAAAAAUGAGCACAUCAUUUGAGCCACGCACUUUUGUAAACGGCGCCUUGCUUAAGCAGUUUGCGGGUCAAUCCGUGAGUAUUAUUGUGCGGGUUGAUAGCGUCGCAGGCACGACAUUGAUUGGUGAGAGCACGGAUGGACACAAGCUGCGCAUCAGCUUGCCGGACGAGAGUAAUCUUCGCAAAGGCUCUUGGGUAGAGGUAAUUGGCAUUCCUGGUGGCUCGGACGCAUUACGUGGCAAGGAGGUGAUCGAGUUUACUGGAACAGAUUUCGACGCCGAGGGCUAUAAUGGCAUGACGCAUCUUCUUAACAAUGUUAAGGAUUUCUAUCGCUAUGGUUAAUCGAAACAUUCUAUUAUAUUAAUACACACAUAAGCACCAAGUUGGAUUAUAUAGACUUUCCAAUUUCAACAUUACUUUAUUUACGAAAUAAUAUAAACUGAAUUCAAACAUAA